AUGCCGCCCUCCGGGCUGCGGCUGCUGCUGCCGCUGCUGCUGCCGCUGCUGUGGCUGCUGGUGCUGGCGCCCGGCCGGCCGGCCGCUGGACUGUCCACCUGCAAGACCAUCGACAUGGAGAUGGUGAAGCGGAAGCGCAUCGAGGCCAUCCGCGGCCAGAUUCUGUCCAAGCUGCGGCUCGCCAGCCCCCCGAGCCAGGGGGACGUGCCGCCGGGGCCGCUGCCCGAGGCCGUGCUGGCGCUUUACAACAGCACCCGCGACCGGGUGGCCGGGGAGGGCGCCGCGCCCGAGCCCGAGCCCGAGGCGGACUACUACGCCAAGGAGGUCAACCGCGUGCUGACCCUGGACAACAACCACGAAAUCUAUAAGACAUACAAGCACAACACACACAGCAUAUAUAUGUUCUUCAACACGUCGGAUCUCCGGGAAGCUGUGCCUGAACCCCAGUUGCUCUCCCGAGCCGAGCUGCGCCUGCAGAGGCACAAGUUGAAAGUGGAGCAACACGUGGAGCUGUACCAGAAAUACAGCAACAACUCUUGGCGCUACCUCAGCAACCAGCUGCUGUCUCCCAGCGACACACCUGAGUGGCUGUCCUUUGAGGUCACUGGAGUCGUGCGGCAGUGGCUGAGCCUCAAAGAUGAAAUCAAGGGCUUUCGCCUCAGUGCCCACUGCUCCUGUGACAGCAAAGAUGACACACUCCAUGUGGAAAUCAACGGAAUCAGUAUUGACCGCCGGGGUGACCUGGCCACCAUUCAUGGCAGAAACCGGCCCUUCCUGCUUCUCAUGGCCACCCCGCUGGAGAGAGCACAGCACAUGCACAGCCCCCGGCACCGUCGAGCCCUGGACACCAACUACUGCUUCAGUUCCACGGAGAAAAACUGCUGCGUGCGGCAGCUCUACAUAGACUUCCGCAAGGAUCUGGGCUGGAAGUGGAUCCACGAGCCUAAGGGCUACCACGCCAACUUCUGCCUGGGGCCCUGCCCGUACAUUUGGAGCCUGGACACGCAGUACAGCAAGGUCCUGGCCCUGUACAACCAGCACAACCCCGGCGCGUCGGCAGCACCGUGCUGCGUGCCGCAGGCGCUGGAGCCCCUGCCCAUCGUGUACUACGUGGGCCGCAAGCCCAAGGUGGAGCAGCUGUCCAACAUGAUCGUGCGCUCCUGCAAGUGCAGCUGA